UUUUCACUUUCAGAUACCUGAACAAUGAUAUAUUUUUUUUGAGUGAGUCUAGUACAAUACUUUUGCUUCCUGUUUCGAUAUCAUUUGGUUUAAAUUUGUACCCACACGAGCAGAUAUUUUUACCGCAAAACCUCAAAUGGAACUUAAAGAUACGCUUCCAUAUACACAGAGAUUAGCAGCUUGCCAUUAUAACAAAAGUAUUUUUAAUAAUUUCAUUAUUUCUGUGAUCGAGCGCGGAUCAUUUUAACAUGAAUAAUAUAAUUUCGGUUUCGUUCUUAGCUUUACUUUUUAUAGUAGUUUCUAAUAGCAAACAUAUUCCCGACGGUUAUUACACUGGAGGUGUGGUCACUUAUUGGCCUUCCACCACUAAACCCUCUGUGGAAAUACAAAGUGAGAAAAAUUCAAAAAGCAGUACAGAAGCGGAUGCUCAACAUGAGCCAGGAUGGAUGAGAAAACAGCUCUUAAGAUUUGGUCAAGCUGCCUCCAAAGUUGGUAACGCUAUGGGUGCUCAUGCCAACAAAAUAUCAGCUGCUCUGGACAAGAUAUGUGAAGUAAUCAAAACCGUUAUCCCUCUUUUGGCUGCCGUUUGCCAUGUUGGUCAAUUUGGGUUCUGUUCUGCAACCAAUGAAGCUCCUAUCAAACUGGUGGAGGCCAUGAAUCCUGCGGAGCUAGAUCUGGAUAGUCUGGAUAGAUAGGAUUUGAAUAAACAUACUGUAUAUGGGUUAUUUUUAUAUUUUAUAAAAGCUACAUGUAUUGCAUAUUUAUUUGAAAGUUAAUAGUUAUUUCUAUUAGUAAUAGCGUUAGUUAACAUUAUUUGUUAUAGAAUGAUCCUUGAAUAAAAUUGGAAACUUUGUCA